ACUUCUUGCCGGAAGUCGGUUGGCGCGCCGGAAGUGAGGGAUGACAAGCAUGGCGUCCGUGUGCUGUGCGGCGGCUGUUUCCCGGCUCCUCUGGACGGGGAGCGCUCGGGGCAGCAGGUUAAUUUUUGACACUGUAUCUAGACGGGGGUUUAGAAAGACACCAAAAAAAAUUGAACCUCAGAAAGUGGAAACAGAGAAAAUGGUUCAGAAUGAUAUGGCGUCAAGUGUGAAUCAGACAAGCAAAAACAGCCUGACACCAAUGCUGGAAGAGCCUGUCCUAUCAAAUUCAGCAUCAUUGUCAUUCAGGCGGCUCGUCAAACCCUUUGUGUUUACUGUAGGGUUCACAGGAACCUCAUUUGGCAUGGCAGCCAUUUGGCAAUAUGAAACACUCAAAUCCAGAGUUCAAAGCUACUUCAACGACUUGCGCUUGGAUUGGUUGGAAAAACAUCAACCACCUAAAGCGGGAGACAUCAGAAAGCAGGUGAACCAGUGGUGGAACAGUCUUACUGAGGGGCAACGGACUGUCACAGGGAUAAUAGCGGUCAAUGCAUUAGUGUUCUGUUUGUGGAGAAUUCCCUCAUUGCAGUGGACUAUGGUUAAGUACUUCACCUCAAAUCCUGCUUCAAAAACCCUGUGCCUACCUAUGGUCCUGUCAACUUUCAGCCACUAUUCGUUCUUUCACAUGGCAGCAAACAUGUAUGUGUUAUGGAGUUUCUCCUCCAGCAUCGUAUCACUUCUCGGGCAGGAGCAGUUCAUGGCCGUUUACCUAUCAGCAGGGGUUAUUUCUACAUUUUCAAGUUAUUUAUAUAAAACGGCCACUGGUCGAUUGGGCGCAUCCCUUGGAGCUUCUGGUGCAAUAAUGGCUGUACUUGCUGCAGUCUGCUCCAAAAUGCCUGAAGCAAAGCUGGCUAUAAUCCUACUGCCGAUGUUCACCUUUACAGCCAGCAGCGCUCUGAAAGCAAUUAUUGCCAUGGAUACAGCAGGCCUAAUUUUGGGAUGGAGAUUUUUUGACCAUGCAGCUCACUUAGGUGGUGCACUUUUUGGAAUUUGGUAUAUCUUUCAUGGCCACGAGCUGAUCUGGAAGAACAGGGAACCUCUGGUGAAGGUGUGGCAUGAUCUAAGGAAUAAGGGUCCUGGAACUGGAGGAAAUGGACCCUCAUAGGGAAAAAGCUGCAUUUAUUUUCAAAGAUUCCCGAAUGGAUUAAGAGGAACAAGGACUGAAGCAAUAACUGUGCUCAGGAGGAGGAAGAAUUUACAGCAAGACCUUGAAUUUCUACAAAACCGCAAAGUACUGUGAAUUGUAAACUGAAAUUAGACUACAGAACUGCCUGGUUAGAAAUGAAGAGGAGCAUUUCAAAAUGGUAGCGUUGGGCAGACAUUUAGCAGCCUCAAAAAUUGAAAUCUAAAUUUUCAGCUGUUUGAAGCCGACUUAUUUAAACUUUUUAAAACACCUCCACCUUUCGCACUACCUCCUAUCUGAAGGACGAAUCACCAAAACAAAAAUUGUGUCAGCCAAAUUCACCUGUCAUGCUUAAAAUCCAUUAUCACGGUAUAGUCUUCAUAGUGUACAGAGUUGAAGUGCUUCUUUUUCUCAUACAAGGCGCAUAUCUUCAGAGUUACUCAAAACUGGAAAUGCUGUCAAAGCAAGCUCAGAAUGUGCGCAAUGGAAACUGCUGAAGAUUAACCAGCAACGUCCUUGCAAUUUACCAGCAGCCAUGAACACCUUGCUCUUGUCCAGCUCGGUCCGCUCCCCCUUUUAGGCCCUUGGCUAGCUCUUUUCUGGAGCCAAAUGGGAAUUUUUAGUAGCUACUCACAUACUUUGAAUUUGCUAUGUCAGCCUUGAUUCAUAAUCUAUAGAUUUAACUUUGUGAUGCAAAUAAGAUUUUCCACAUAAUACCUAUGUGUUGAGAAUGUAAUAUUUGAAUAUUAUGGCUUAUAGAUUGCCACCGUAUUACAAUUGAGAUUUCCCCUCUCCAUUUAUACUACUCAGAAAAUUGGCUACUCUGUCCCAAAGCUCAAUUGUCUAAAUCACAUUUGAGUUACAAUAGUGUGCCAUUCCUGAGAACUCUUUGUAAUCUGAACAGUUUUGCAAGCCGGAAAUGUGGCUGUUCAGCAAUAUAUUUAAAUUAAAACAUAGGCCAUCCAAGGACAACAGGUAGUUAGACCAGGCUGUUUAAUACAAUAUUCAGAUAUUGUCAAAACGAAGUCCGCACAGCAGAAGAUGCCUGCAGCAGGCAACAAAUCCAUCCCACUGAACUCUCAGAUGCUCAUUUGUAUGGAUGGGCAUUUGUAACGUAGGUGAGACCUGUAAUGCAGGAAGGAAUGCAGUCAAGACAGAACAGCUACCAUAUGCUUUUAGGUUUUCAAAGCUGUAGUGAGUUACAUGUACGUACUAGUCACAUCAAUGUUAAGUGACCACCAGUUGGAAGCUUUACUGUCAUCACUGUUUUAUUUGCAAUGUUUUCUUGUGAAGUCUGCUGAGAAAGAAAAUAAAAAGAAAACAGAUGCAA